GCUUUUCAAGAUGAUGGAAUCUAUUCCAGAUAUUUCAUAAAGAUGGUAAAUGGGAGAAGCAGCUUGAAAGUAAGAGUGAAGAAUCAAAGUGGACAAACCAGAUUUGCUGUCCUAUACGUACCUGGAUGUGUGAUAAACGUGAAGCUGAAACCUCCAAAGCCUCCCGUUUUUGAAGAACCACUUGACGUUGGAAACUUUACCAGAACAGACACCGGAGAGAGUUUUGAGGUGAAACUUUCAGGCAUAGCUCCACCAAAUUUCCCUCCUAACAGAAUCACAGAUCUUAGUGCUGAGAUCCAGGAGGACACGGUGCUUCUCAACUGGACAGCUCCUGGUGAAGACCUCGACCAAGGGACAGCUAAAACCUAUAAGGUCAGGUGGAGCUUUGACCUUAAAAUGCUUCGAUUCAACUUCAGCAAUGGUCAUUCAGUCAACACAACUGCGGUCUCACCUCAGAAGGCUGGAUCAGUUGAACAGCAUUCAUUCAAUCUCAAUAUCACAAUACAAAAUGGCACCACACUCUACUUUGCAAUUCAGUCGGAGGACAAACAAAAAGCAAAAUCUGAAACCUCCAACAUUGCUCAAGCUUCAAAGAUCCUCCCUGCUCCAAAACCUCCAGGAAUAUCAAACCCAGGCAUGAACUUGACAGUUCUUGUCAUUUCUCUGUGUGUGGUAACUAUGGUCAUAUGUUUUAUUGUUGCUGUAGUCAUAUGUGCAGUGAAACGCAGAAAACACUCUGCACAAAGUGAUACGGCAUUAAUAUUCGCAAACGAAUGUCAAAACAAUCUGUAUGCCUAA